AUGAGCGGCUCAAGAAAGCGAAAGGGAAACGGCGAGGCGAAACGGGGUCGCGACAAGAAGGCGCGGAGGGGCGAACAUGAAGCACAUCCACUGGACUCUCUCUUAGGCGGUGCUAGAAGAGCUCGGGUCUACAACAGUCUGCAAUCAGAUGCCAUUUUCAGGCAGCAUCUGGAAAAAGAGCUGAGAGAAAUCACCGAUCAAUUGGACAAUCUCGCCCAAGGCGUCGCACAAAGGCCCAAGCUUGACGCAUACACGAAGGCGACCAUUUCCAGCCUAGAGAUGCUUGAGAAAAUGUUGACGGCUCUCACCAUCGAAGAAUCAGAUACAGAAACUGGCUCUACAGCUCUCGAUAAUGAUAAUACCGACGCAGAAAUAGAGGAAACGGCAUUUCAGAAAGCACGACAAGAUCUGGAAAAGCUGAUACAUACCGUCGAGGAUAGCUUCUGCGAUGAACAAGACGAUUAUGAGAUAUUCUUUCGUGAUCACGACAUACAGUAUACUGAGGCACAAAAGAUUGAAGAAGAUGAGAAGCCAAAGUCUGACCAGCCCAGCGAGGCCGGAUCUAUUCAACGGUCAAUCACGAGAACGAGAACCGCAGAUCCCGGUAGCCUUGAUGGCCGAUCCCUUGUGGACCGCGACUACGUGCGUUUCAGAGGAGAAUGGGUGCACAUUGAUGAGUUCCUGGGUGACAAGUGGAAAAACAAGGCAUCUGCCAUUCACAAUAUCAGUCUCCCUUUUCUUCCUCCCAUCCCAGGUCUCAAGACGAGCCUGACAGUAUGGCAAAGAUAUGGUGUGAAGAAGAUGCUGAGAUGCAUCGAGGAGUUCAAAGGCUGCAUCCUUGCGGAUGAGAUGGGCAUGGGGAAGACUCUAACCUGCAUUAUUACGGCCCUUCUUUACCGCAAGUCAAAUCCGACGACAGGAUUCAUCCUCGUUGGAAAAGCACCCAAGUUUUUCGUCCUCGAGGAUGCUCGUACGACGGCGGAGGACAUUAUUCGGAUAGACCCUGCCUUUGUUCUCGUCACCUGGGGCUUCAUAAAGUCACGGCACAACGCCUCUAAGCUGAGAAGAGCGCUUCAGCGUCUGUCCAAGAUCAGGGGUUUUGGUGGGCUCCACUCGGAGUAUUCAAGCUAUCUUCCUCAAGGAAACAUCCCCGAGCGCGAGAAUGAGGUCUUGCACUCAGAUUUGUACGAUUUCCUUGGGAAGUCAUCGAUCGUCUGCAUACUUGACGAGGCUCAGCUGGCGAAGAAUCAGGAGACUGUGGCUCAUCAGGCGGUUCUGAGUUUACCUAUCCCAGUGAAAAUUCCGGUCUCCGGGAGUAUAAUUCACAACACCUGGGCAGACGGGGGUGGCAUUGUCGCUCAAACAGGACUCGGAAUAUUCAACAACGUCCAGCAUUUCCAGAAUAUGUUCUCUGUUGCCGGAAAGAAUGACAACAGUGGGUAUUCAUACGAGCUUGCCCCUGAGAGAAAGAAUCACUUAUUGCGGCUUCUUCUCACGAUCACCAUUUCGAGAUCCGCUUCCCUGUUGCAGCUGCCAAACCGAGAGGAGCAUGUGGUCGACUUUACUAUCUCGGAUGCUGCCGUUGCACUGAUUGGAGACUCGAUCGCGAAGUUCUUCAAGGUGUGUCAUAUGCCAAAGACCAAGGGAGGGAGGAAAGCGAUACUUCAUAUGGUCAAAGCUCAGAAACACGCAUCCAACCAGUUGCUGCUUAUACCGAUCAGACCACCAAGAGCAGAAUAUGGAACGGAUUCAGAGGGAUCACAGUCUGGAGUUGACAAUGACGAGGACCAGGAUAGCGAGGCUUCCUACCAUGCUGACGAAUCUCUCAGCUCCGAUGAUGGAGAUACAGAAGAGUCAGAUGGAGAAAACGAAGCUACGCAUGAUGAGUCAGAUGGAGAACACGAAGCUACGCAUGAUGAGUCGACUCGGAGCAGCUCAGAAGUUGAGCUAGAAUCUGACAUCGACAUCGCAAUGCAUGACGACGAAGAUGAGACUGACACGUGGACGGACAGCGAGAAGGUGGUCUGGGAAAGAAUUCUCAAAAACGCCAGCAACGAAGACGUCCUGAGCCCUAGAGUUUCAAAGAUUCUCGAAUGUCUUCAAGGGAUCUUCCACAGUCAUCCAGGAGAGAAGAUAAUCAUAUUCUCGACAUAUGUCCGCUUUCUAGACAUCAUUGAGCUGGCAAUCCAUCGAAACGCGAGUCUCAAUUUUCACCCUCUCCGAUUCGAUGGCAGCGUAGGAAGAGAGGAGCGAGAUCGACGCGCUACAGAAUUUGACGAGAACCCGAGUCUACCGGUCAUGAUGGUGUCAAAAGGUGCUGGUGGUGUAGGCAUGGAUCUCACUGUCGCUUCUCACAUCAUUCAAUGUGAAGCAUGGUGGAAUGGAAAUGAUGAGGCCCAGGCUCAUUUUCGAUGUUGGAGAGGAGGGCAGACGAGAAAGGUGCAUAUCUGGCGGAUCAUGGCAACCAACUCUGCAGUUGACCAUUACAUUGUGACCCGAAAUCAGCAGAAGAUGAACCUCGUCGGCGAGUUCAUGUCUCUUCUACGGAGAAAUGACGAAGAUGCAAUCAUCCUUCCACGUCUUUUCACUAAAGAAGACGAAGAGAGAGAGAUUGAAGCGGGUACCGACACUGAGGACUCUGCUGAUGAUCCUUGA